AUGGGUAGCUGCUGCUCUUCACAUAAGGGCGCUGCUGAACACACCGUGGGGCACAGGAAACAAAGCACCAGUCAAGGAGACUUACCAUCACACGAGAAUUCAUUGCCGCCAGCAACACGUUCCGCAUCAUCAUCUCGACUACGACAGGACGGGAAGGCCGCUGGUGAGAGUGGAACUGGAAAUGGAGAAAAUUGGAUGGUGAUACCGUUGCCAGCAGCCAAUCCACAGGAAAAUAUAGAGGAGACUCCAGUGCAAACAGCUGCUGAAGGAAAUGAAAAGAAAAAUCCAGGUCCUCCUCUUGCUCGUGUAGGAACAAGUUAUGAGACUCCUGUACAAGAGAAUAAGAAGAAGGAAGAGGAGGUUGAGGAUGAAGAUGAUGGGGAACUCUACAGUGUUGCGGAAGAAUCAAGUGACAGUGGUAAUCAAAUCAUUCUUGGGCAUUCAACCUCAGCUGCUGUUAGUACUCCAACGCGAAAAGAAAAAACAGAAAGACCCAUACACGCAGAGUCAGCAUUUCCAAAGGACCAUGAUGAUUCCAGCAGCAGUAGUGAUGUCUGGAGUGAUUAUCAAGAAGGACGACGUAGAAGUAACAGUAACGCUGGAGCCCUUAUUACAACAGUUGGAACUGUUUCCACUUUUGUGGUGCAUCCAGAAGAAAAUCGUGAUAGGGGAAAUAGUCUUUCCAUAAAUUCUACUCAUCCUGUUCAGAAUGUUGAGAAGGAAGAAAAGGAAAAAGAAUCACCACUACAUUCGGUUGUUGUCGUUUCUAAUGCAGUAAAAAAUAUCUGUGAAGAAACUUCAAUGUCUCUCCUCCGGGCGGUUUCAUUGGGUCAUAAUAUGAUGAAGAAAGAAGAUCAUACUGCAAGUGAAUCACCAAAAGAAAAGAAAGAAGAAAAAAUAGUGGAAAAGAAAACACCAGAUGAUACCAAUAAAGAAAGUAACAGUGGUAAUGCACUCGCGAAUAUUAUACGCCAAAGUGUACAUAAGGAACAAGAACGUCAAGGUGAAUCUCCUUUACAAAGUCCAAGUCAGUCUGCAGGUUUAAAACCGCGUGAAAAUAUUAUCCAACUUGACACUCUCUUCUCAGAUAGCGAUGAUGAGAAUAAUAAUGGAGCUGCUGGUCUCAAUGAAAAUCUUCAUAAGGAUCCACAUAAGGGUUCUCCUCUCCAAGUUGGUGGUGGUGGUGUUGUUCUGCCUGUAGUGGCAAAGGUGAAGCAGUUUGAUGAGGAUUCCGUACAUUCACAAGAGCACGAAGAUCCGCCGAAAGGAAUACAAACUUUGAAAGGUGAUGAAGUGGUGAGUGCGGCAGUCGCAACGGCAGGAGUUGGGGGUAUUCAGGACUAUAUUGACAGUGGCAGCAGUGAUGGCGGUAGUGAGCGGCGGCGGUUAACGGCCAUUGUACAGCGUCCCGCACCACCAACACCAUCACCACCAUCACAACAACAGCAGUAUAAACCAGAAGAAGAAGAAGUAGAAGAAGAAGGAAAAAAGAGAACAGAGCCACGAGAUGGAGAAGUUAGAGAAGUACGAACAGUUUCCCCGACACUUCGGAAAGAAGAAGUUGUGGGGAAUGAUAAAAAUGAGGUAAUGCGAGAGGAACAACGUAACCACAGUAACGAUAUUAACAAUGACUACGGUGAGGAUGGAAGCGAUAAUGAUGUGGAUGACGAUAUUAAGGGUGAUGGUUCUCUGAAAAAACAUCUUCCUGGUAGUGGUAUUGUAUUACCUACACAACCUCGUCCAGCGAUGAUUAUCUCUCCUCCACCUGUAACUCCUCAAAGUAGGGAAGGUGAAAGUGAUGAUAAUGAUGAUAUUCAUUAA